AUGGCCCGUCACCCUCUCCAGCGGCUCGAGUCGCCUUCGCGCCUCUUCUCUCUCCUCCUGCACACGGCCGGCCUCGUCUCCUUCACGCUCUCCUUCCGCUGGCUCGAUCGGUGGGAUCACCCCAUGGUCAAGGGGUACGGCGGCUAUUACCAGCACCUCACCAACAUUGGCCUCGCCAUGGCCUUUGUCACGUUCGCCCUGGGCGUCGCCGCCGACCUGACCCUCAACCGCCAGCUCUUCGCGCUGAAGAACGCCAUGUCGGUGACGUCGGCGCCGCUCGAGGUCCUCAUCAGCCUGCUGUACUGGGGCAUCCGCUCCAUUGACAAGGCGCUGCUCUACCCGCCCGGCAUGGAGCUGUACUGGGUGACCGACAUCGGCUUCCACCUCGUGCCGGCCGUCGUGCUGACGCUCGACCUGCUGCUGCUGAGCCCGCCGUGGACCAUCCGCGCCUACGCCGCCAUGGCCAUCAGCAUGGGCAUCGCGUUCCUGUACUGGGGCUGGGUUGAGUUGUGCUUCAGCCACAACGGCUGGUACCCCUACCCCAUCUUUGCCAUUCUCACCACGCCGCAGCGCGUGGCCUUGUUCACGGGCGCCGCGUCGCUCAUGACGGCGAGCACCGUGCUGCUCAAGUGGCUGUACGGACGUGUCAACGGGCUAGGAGGGAUCGCGAGGGAAGCUCACAAGCCGCUGAAGAAGGUGCAGUGA